AUGCAGCCUAGAACGUGGUUACCGGAACGACAGUCACCGCGGGGUUUUAGCACUGGACCGCUGAGUAAUCUUUCACCCACAAAACCUGAAGAACAGUUCCAACAACCAGGGAAGGCAGUGCUGGUGAGGCAAAGAAAUAUGUUUGCAUCGCAAAAAGAUGGACAGGAUUGUUGGAAAAUUGAACCCAAAUACUCUCCUAAAGUUCUCAUUGGAAACUGGCUGGAUGAGAGGAACAGGUUUACAAAAGACGCUGGGAAACUCGGCAGCAGCAUAUACAGAACAGACUUCAUUUGCUUCCCAGAUCACAAACCGGACCAAACACUAAGGAGAGCCAUGAUGGAGAAAUGUGAGGGCCUGCCAAUGCAACACUUCUUCACCCAUCAUGACGAACCACGAAGCCGAAAUUUAGUAUCGGAGUAUGACGAUAAAUACAAUAGACACGGUUACAACCCUGUGCUGCCUCCCUGCCACAGCUGGAAUGGACGCAAGUUUGCCUGGAUUCCUCAGAAAUCAGAUUUCCCCAUUCUUGAACCACCCACCAACUAUGGCCUUCUUGAUCACCUGAUGAAAAAAUGGCACAAGAAAGAAGCUGGAGUGAUGAAAAGUGUCUACACCGUUUCCUAUGGAAGCCCACUGAUUUCUGCUUUUGCUACUCGUCAGCUGAGACAACCAGCUAGAAUUCAUGGCCUCCCUUCCCACCAGGGACAUCUUCCCCAAAACGUUAAUAGAAUCCUGGACUACAAAGGGGCUCAGAAAUAUCUGCAAGCCAUCGGCCAACUGGUGAGAGACAGAAAAGCAACGGACGCCUCUGUGUAA